AUGGACCCGAGGCUAAUCACUUUACUUGCUUGUCUGACAGUAUGGGUUACCCGAGCACAGAACGACGAAGGCCUCAUGUUCGGUGGAGAAGCCGACCUUCAACCCGCUUAUUGUGACGUUACCUAUCAGUGGAUGUGUGCUAACGGAGAGUGUAUAGCCCAGUACGACGUUUGUGACGGUGUAACACAAUGUGAAGACGGCUCGGACGAGCUGGAAUGUGAUCAACCGGAACGGUAGGUUUUCUCAUUGUAAUUUGUUAUAUAGCGUGAGAAGUCGCUUAUUUAACUUAAAAAUUUAUUAAUUAAUUUGUCCAAACAGUUUAAAUGUUAAAACCUACUUUAUUUAACCUAAACGUGUCCAUAUAAAGCCGUUCUAUGCACUUUUGGACCAACAAAUAUACUAAAACUUAAAAAUUUACAUCUUUUAGCUUUGAUUUUAACCUAAUUACCUUCUAAACCACUUCAGAAAACAACAAAGACCUUCUCAACAACCUCAGCAACCAGGUCGUCAGGUUCAUCUCCAGCCCAAGGUAUACACCACAACUCCCGCAUUACCUACAACAACAUCCGCGAACGGGCUGUCGCUUCGGUUGGCCGCCUUAGGGCUGUUCCUGUUGGUCGGGUUGGCGGGCGGAGUACGUUUCAUUUGCAAGCGAAGGAAAGCCAACAACAAUAGGAACGUGCGAAAAGGAGAGAGCUUACUGGAUGACGAAGAUGACCUGCUCAUCUCUCAAAUGUAUGCAUAA